GGCUUAUCCUCUCUCUCUAGCGUACAGAACAACUGGCUAGUUAGGUCUUAGCGCACAGAAUGAGUGGGAUAUGUUCAAUAUGAUGAAAGGGACACGCUCACAUGACUCCCUAACCACAUUAUUCAUCAAAACCACCCUCCAAACCUUCUCUCUCUCACACACAUACCCGCACACACAUUUACAUACACACACAAGCACCCCCAAUCACCCAUAUAGUUAGUUCAGUGAUGGGUCAACAAGAAGAAGAAUUCGGGGUCAUUUAGUCGUCCAUGGACUUGUCUUCUUUGCCCGGGUACCGAAAUUCCAGGGUCAAAUAAGAAGGCGCCGACCGAAUUUGCUCCUUUACCACCACCUCACAUAUCAAUACCAAGUUGAUCAGAAAGAGAUAUAUAUAGGUACAAAGUUCUGAUCAGAACCACCACUCACUUCUUGUUCUUCAAUCAUUUUGGGUUUUAUUUUCUAAGAUCUAGCUAUUCUGAUCAAAAGAAGACCAUAAAGAUCGAUAAAAAGAUUGGCAGUACUGUUGGGUCAUCAUGGAAUUUGUGGCAGAAAAAGAAGGGUUUCACAAAAACGAAGAAGAAGAAGAGGAAGAGAUCAUCAAUGAUACAACCAAUUUCCAAUUUUCUUCUUUAGGAACAACCACUUUUGAAAAAGAUUCAAUUCGAAAUUAUCACCAAGCUCACACGGUAUUAGAGAUCCAAGGUAGUACCAACUUUACCAAGAAGCCAGAGCUCAUAGAGUACUUGACACCGACAACUAACGGUGGUGGUGGUGGUGGCAGCGGAGGCAGUGGCGGUGGCGGCGGCGGCGGCGGCGAGUUUAAGGAGAGAGAACACAUGUUUCAUAAAAUUGUGACGCCAAGUGAUGUGGGCAAGCUGAACCGCCUAGUGAUACCAAAACAGCACGCUGAGAAGUACUUCCCACUCAACUCUUCCGUCAACGAGAAGGGCCUCCUCUUGAAUUUCGAGGACCGGAACGGCAACUCGUGGCGGUUCCGGUACUCUUACUGGAACAGCAGCCAGAGCUAUGUCAUGACCAAAGGCUGGAGCCGCUUUGUCAAGGAGAAGAAGCUCGAGUCCGGCGACAUCGUGUCUUUCGAACGCGGCGUGGUGGAUUCCGGCGAGCACCAAUUGUUCAUAGACUGUAGGCACAGACCCGAUGCUCGUGAUCCGGCCUACCUCUCACCUCCGCAGUCUCUCCAAUUGGGCAGAUUGUUCCCUCCAUUUAUGUCCAUGCCCUAUCAUGUUCAGCCUUAUUUUCAUCAUCAAACAGUGAAUUAUAGUAGUGGUUCUCAUGACUACAGUACCGCUGUAAACCCGGGUCUACGGUCAUCGGCUUCUCGUCGAAUUGGGGAUGUUCCAGUGGUGGCAAACUCGGCGACGGUGCUCGGAAAAAGUAGUACUCCAGGUGCAUCAAAGCGUUUAAGGCUUUUCGGAGUAAAUAUGGAGUGCCCUAUACCAGAUCACGAAUCCAAACCCUAUGUUACUAUGAAUUCACUUUCUCCUCAUCCUCCCUCCUCUUAUUCACUUCUACCUCCUUCCGGUUAACGCCCUAUGGGUGAGUCCCAAUGCCGACCGCUUGCACCGGAGAUUCAAAGAUGGCCGGGGAAGACUACUUCUUGUCCUUUGGUUUUAUACCUUUUGAGUGUAUUUUGCCUUGGAAGGCGCAAGUGAAUAUAUAGGAUGGUGAGUUGUUUUUAAAUUAAGCUUGAUUUUGUAUUAAUUUAUAGCUGUCUCUUAUAUGCUUAAGCUAUAAAGCAAAUCCAUCUGAUCCAUCAUUUCACAUCUCA